AUGGUUGGGAGUAGGACAACUAAUGACAGGAUUUUCUUCUCUGGAAUGGAGAAUACACAUCACUUCGGUAACGGCUUUGCAGUUCAUAGGACAUUAGUACCGUACAUUAAGGAGUUUAAUCCAGUAUCCGAACGGAUAUCAACUUUAACCAUCAACACUAGCCCAAUUAGUAUCUGUAUUAUAAAUGGCCACGCACCAACAGAAGUAAAAUAUGAUAAUAUGAAAGAUAGCUUCUACGACGAACUGACUGAAACAUAUGAGGGUAUUACUGGGAACAUGAUAAGGAUUGUAAUAGGGGACUUUAAUGCUAAAUGCGGCCGGGAACCACAGUACUUCCCUUGCAUAGGGAAGGAAAGUUUGCAUCGCAACAGCAAUGACAAUGGUCAGCGAUUGAUAGCGUUUGCAACAUCAAAUGGGUUGACUGUUAGUAGUACCACGUUCCCACAUAAAAAUAUUCACAAAGCCACAUGGAGAUCACCGGAUGGAGAAACUCUGAACCAAAUCGAUCACAUCCUCAUACAGACUAGAUACCGUAGUACUAUCCACGAUGUAAGAAGCCACAGAGGGGCCGACUGCGACACGGACCAUUACUUAGUGAUUGCCAAACUUAGAUCAAAGUUAAAAAGCCAAUCGAGAUUAAAACAAGACAAAAGAGCUAAAUUCAAUCUAGAGUUACUAAGAGAUGAAACCGUGAGGAAAAAUUAUGAGAACGAAGUAAGGAAGAAGCUUAAAGAGAAUAACGUACAAAUAGAAAUAGACGUAGAUCUGGAUUGGGAAAAAGUGAGUAAUGCUGUCAAAAAAGCAGCGGACACUAGCAUUGGUGAGCUAAAAAGGUCAAGAAAUACUUGGUAUAAUGAUGCAUGUAGAACUGCUAUAGAUAAGCGCCGCAAAGCGAGGGAUGAAUUUAUUAAGAACAAUACUCAAACAACUAAAGAAGCUUUCUUUCGGGAACGUAAAAUCUGCAAAGGCGCCCUUCAAAGGGAAAAAAGAAAAUUCUUUAACAACAUACUUCAUACCGCAGAGAACGAUCAUACACAGGGAAGAACUAGAAAUUUUUUUAGAGUCAUCAAACAGUAUAAACAAUUCAACCCUAUAUGGAAUGCAAUCAGAGACCAAGACGGACAAAUGUUAACGGAGCCAGAGUCAAGAGCUGAGAGAUGGAAAGGUUAUUUUGAAAAACUACUAAAUGGUAAGAUGACAGCCCAGCCUGUAACACAUGUCGAAUAUGAAAGACCGGAGCCCUUUGUAGAGGAUGUUAGUCUGGAUGAAGUAAAAAGUGCUAUAAUUGGCCUGAAAAACUGGAAAGCACCGGGUACGGAUAAUAUUCCAGCAGAACUCAUUAAAUAUGGAGGUGAGGAGCUACAUGUAGUAUUAUACAGACUGUGCUAG